CACAACACAACACAUUUUCUCUCUUUCAUCUGGUCCCUUUCUUUAAUUUUUAUUCGCUCGUUGUGCGACUACACGCGAGGCCACACUCUAUCCAGCCCCACUGUCUCCUCACCAGCCCCGCCAAGCCCCCGACCCCGAUCCUCUUGAUGGCGAUGACGAUGCAGCGGAGACAGAAACGGUGAGGCGUCGCCCACGGUAACCCAGCUCUCCCUUCUGCUUCUACUAUCUCUUGACAGAGGCCGGCCGAGGAAUGUGGAGAGUUGAGAACCCAAAUUUCCGCAUUCGAAUCCACCGUCAUCAAUUCGGCAUUUCUUGCCCCAGCCUAGCUACCAACCAACUAUAGCGCACACACACAGCACGGAGAUGUCUUGACCUCGGAGUCGGAGAGAGCUCCACCUCAACCUCCGCUCCUUCCCCCACGCUACGCGGCUGUAUUUAUAGCGAGCGUCCUGGCCUCUCUUCUCCUGCUCGCUCCUGGGGAGGGAAGAAGAAGAGGAAGAGGACAAGCACUACGCCAAUGCGCGAGCAAACCGACAGCUCCAGAGGAGGAGGAAGAAGAAGAAGAACAAGAGGUGGGAUACAGACAACGAGGAGAACGACGAGCACCGACCGCGACCGCGACGCCAUCACCCCCUCCUCCACCUCGUGCUACAAAGCAAUAAUCAUCCGAGGUCGGCCCAUGGCUGCUGCUGCUUCUUCUUCUUCUACUACUAGUUGCAGCCGCGGCCGAACGCUCCCAAUCAUUGCCUCCCUUGUCCCCUUCCUCCUCCUCGUCGUCGCCUCGUGCCCGGCCGCCCUGGCCUCCGCCACGCACGGACACGGCGGCGGCGGCAGGAAGCAUGCCGCGGUGCGGGCGAAUCACCAGGCGGUGUUCCGUGCCGGGGACGAGCGGGAGGCGUACAGGAGGAUCAUGGCGCGCAUGGCCAGGAUGGCCAAGGAUUCCAACAUGACAAUCCAGAGCCCCGACGGCGACGUCAUCCACUGCGUGCCGGCGCACCUGCAGCCGGCGUUCGACCACCCCAUGCUCAGAGGCCAGAAGCCCGAGGACGAGCCCGUGGAGAGGCCCAUGCCCAAGAGCGGCGCUGCCGAGGAAGAGGAGGAGGAGGCCGGCGUGUUCCCGCAGGCGUGGAGCGACGGCGGCAAGCGGUGCCCGGCGGGGACGGUGCCGAUACGGCGGACGACGAAGCGCGACGUGCUGCGGACUAGCUCCGCCCGCCGGUUCGGGAUGAAGGCCCGGGCCAGCAGCAACGCCCGCCGCGACUCCACCAGCAGCGGGCACGAGCACGCGGUGGGGUACGUGACGGGGGACCAGUUCUACGGCGCCAAGGCCAGCCUGAACGUGUGGUCGGCCAAGGUGGCGUCGGCGGCGGAGUUCAGCCUCUCCCAGAUCUGGGUCAUCUCCGGCUCCUUCGGCAACGACCUCAACACCAUUGAGGCCGGAUGGCAGGUGAGCCCUGAACUGUAUGGAGAUAGCAACCCGAGGUUCUUCACAUACUGGACGACGGAUGCAUACCAGGAGACUGGAUGCUACAACCUGCACUGCUCCGGCUUCGUCCAGACCAACAACCGGAUCGCCAUUGGAGCUGCCAUCUCGCCGACCUCCGUUUACAACGGCCGGCAGUUCGACAUCAGCCUGCUCAUAUGGAAGGACCCACACCGGGGGAACUGGUGGCUGCAGCUGGGGUCAGGUCCGCUGGUGGGGUACUGGCCGUCGCUGCUGUUCACGCACCUGGGCGGGCACGCCAACAUGGUGCAGUUCGGCGGCGAGGUGGUGAACUCGCGCCCGUCGGGGUCGCACACGCCGACGCAGAUGGGGAGCGGCCACUUCCCCCGCGAGGGCUUCAACCGCGCCGCCUACUUCCGCAACGUGCAGGUGGUGGACGGCGACAACAGCCUCGUCCCCGCCGCCGCGCUCCGCCUCGUCGCCGACCACCCCGGAUGCUACGACAUCCAGGGCGCGUACAACCGCGCCUGGGGCAACUACUUCUACUACGGAGGGCCCGGCAGGAACGUGCACUGCCCGUGAUGCAUCCAUGGCCGGCGACCAUGCAUGCGUCGUCGUCAUGCAUGGCAUGCUGAACUGACGAUGAAGAAGAAAGCAGAUACGUGCACAGAUACAUACAGAGAUCGAUCACCACCGUGCGGCCGUGCCGGAGGAUGAUCUAGUUGGAUCGCCGCCGCUCUCAUCAACCGGAUAUAUGGAUCGUAUAGCAACGGUGUUAGUUAUAGCUAGAGCUAGGUCUAUUAAUUAUUAGUAGUCCCUCGUUGGUUACUGCAUGCUAAUGAGUUUUGAGCCCAGCUGCGUACACGCGCGCGACCGGGCCGGUAGCAGAGGCAAAAAGGUUUCGAUUUGAUGUAUGUGAUGAGGCUUUCCUUUCAUUUGGUCUGAUUUUUUUUCUCGAGUUAUAUGUAUACAUGAAGAAAUCCACAUAGAGUGUUUUGAUCACCAUGUAUGUGAUGACUGAUGAGUAAGCGUUUCUUUGGGUACCAUGGCUAA